CCAAAGGAGGCGCGGUCUCCUAAACUCAUGGCGGCACUAGUACGGGCAGCCGCGGUGCGGUCGCAGUGUCGCCAGCUCUGGCGUCUGUUCCCUCGCGGCCAUGGGCUCAGGGAUGUGGCGGAGAGGCCGAGACCGGAGGAGGCGCGCUGCUGCCUGGGGAGCCGAGCCUUCAGCGCUGGGCCGCCACCGCCGGGGGCCGGGCCGGAGCCCAAGGGCGGUCAAGCCGGGUCUCACCGCCCGAAGCCUGGGCCGGUUUCUUGGAAGUCUUUAGCUCUCACCUUUGCCAUUGGAGGCUCUUUAUUGGCUGGGAUGAAGUACUUCAAGAAAGAAAAGAUAGAAAAGCUGGAGAAACAACGGCAUCGCAGCAUUGGGAAGCCUUUACUAGGGGGGCCAUUUUCCCUCACAACUCACAAUGGAGAGCCCAAAACUGACAAGGACUACCUGGGUCAAUGGGUAUUGAUUUAUUUUGGCUUCACUCAUUGCCCUGAUAUCUGUCCAGAAGAACUAGAAAAAAUGAUUGAAGUCGUGGAGGAAAUCGACAGCAUUCCAUCCCUGCCAAAUUUAACUCCACUUUUCAUCACCAUUGACCCAGAAAGGGACACAAAAGAAGCCAUUGCGACUUAUGUGAAAGAAUUUUCUCCCAAGUUGGUUGGUUUGACUGGCACAAAAGAAGAGAUUGAUGGAGUGGCCAGAGCAUACAGGGUGUAUUACAGCCCUGGCCCAAAGGAUGAGGAUGAGGACUACAUAGUGGAUCAUACAAUAAUAAUGUACUUGAUUGGACCAGAUGGAGAAUUUCUUGAUUAUUUUGGACAAAACAAGAAGAAGGCAGAAAUAGCUGGCUCAAUUGCUGCACACAUGAGGUCAUACAUGAAGAAGAGGUAGCCAGAGCUGCAACACCAGAUACAGGAUUGACUUGCUGAAGAGGGAGCUUUGUUUCCAGAGGAACCUCUAUAUAAUGUAACAUACAGCAUGGACUUCAUUCCCCAGAACAUCAUUCUACAUGAGAUGUUACCCUGGGGCUCAGCCAACCCAGUCUGCCACAAGACUACCAUGAGUCUAAAGGGCCAGGGUGGUCAGAGCCAGUGGAGAGCAGGCGCCCAGAACCAUCAGAGAGGCACACAAGUGCACGUCUGUAGGAAUGGCACUCUUGGAGAAAUGUUGCUUCCUCGCCAGUGUCUGCUUGCUCGGGCAUGUGGGGCCAAAUCCUACAGGAAAGUGUCACUUCCAUAAUGCUCUUGCUGUUUCAACUUGUGUGCCCAGCAUAGGCAUUCAAGGCCUCUUUAUAUUUGAGAGUAGAAGCUCAGCUUCUUUGAAAAGGAGUGUCACCGUCAGGUCAGGUCUGCAUCUCCUUUCCACAGCGGGUGCUGCUUCGGGCUGGAGGAGAAAACUUACUGUUUGCACAUAACUGUUGGUUCAAUCUCCACAUUUCUAUUUUUUAUUUUUUUUGUUUUUCGAGGCAGGGUUUCUCUGUAUAACCCUGGCUAACCUAGAACUCACUCUGUAGACCAGGCUGACCUCGAACUCAGAAAUCCACCUGCCUCUGCCUCCCAAGUGCUGGGAUUAAAGGCGUGUGCCACCACUGCCCAGCUUUUUUUUUUUUUUUUUUUUUUUUUUUUUAAAUAGCUAAGUGAUUUGACUGGUUUUCACUGGUAGACCAAGUGGAAAUGAGAAUAUUUAUCAUGACUGUGAUCUGGUAAUUUUUAUGUACCAAAUUACACAAUGUAAGAAAUAAAAGAUGUGGUCAGUCCAGGAACUUGGACAAGCAUGGCUUUGCUUCUGUGAAGAAUGGGUGCCUGGCACACCAUGGUAGGGGCAGAGGCCACAGACUGAGAUAAGUGCUUGUUAACAUGCAGAUUCAUGGGCCAGGAACUGGCCUCGAGUCAGAGUGGGAUACAGAGACCUGUGUCUCCAGGGCAAGUGAUGACCCGAGUCCACACCUGGAUCAUCUGUUCCAUGGAGAAGUAACAAGCAUAACCAGCUCGUAAAGGAGUCAGCAGCUGCUCCAGGGAAUGUUGUCCAGCUGGGUGUGCUGUGCACACUGUUAGUCCCAGCACUCGGGAGGCAGAGGCAGGUCUUCGAGUUUGAGGCUAGCCUGGUCUAAUAGAGAGUCUUGGGCCAACCAGGCUACCUAAUAAGACCCUAUCUCCAAAAAAA